AUGUCAGAGGCGGCGCAGACCGCUGCUUCCGAUCCGCCCACCUCCAUCGCCUCUCCCACCUCGCUUCCGGCGGAGGCGAUUCGCCCCGCGCGCCGAUUCUCCAAGGCGCCCGACUUCUGGCUGCUCACGCCGCUCCUCUAUGCACCGCUCCAACCCCUCAGUACCGAUCUCCAUCCCUCACUGCCCCCUCUCGCAUCUAUCCCCGUGCUUCCCUCUCACUCCUCCUCGACGCACCAUUGCUAUUACUGA